AUGUUCUGGCUGUUGCUCCUGGCUCUUUCCUGCCUGGAAAGCCCUGUGUUCAUUGCCUCUGUAUCUGUCUCCAGAAGCAAGCCAGUGGGCAUUGUGGGGGGUCACCGUACCCCUCCGGGGAGGUGGCCAUGGCAGGUCAGCUUGAGGAUCUACAAUUAUGAGGCGAGUUCCUGGGUGCACAUCUGUGGGGGCUCUAUCAUCGAUCCUCGGUGGAUUCUGACUGCUGCACAUUGCAUCCAAAGUCAGGACGCCGACCCAGCCCUAUACCGGGUCCAGGUGGGGGAAGUAUACCUCUACAAGGAGCAGGAACUUCUGAACAUCAGCAGGAUCGUCAUCCAUCCUGACUACAACCACUUUAAUAAGAGGUUUGAUGUGGCCCUGAUGCAGUUGACUGCCCUCCUGAUCACAUCCACACAUGUCAGUCCAGUCUCUCUGCCAAAAGACAGCUCAACCUUCAACUCAACUGACCAGUGUUGGCUGGCUGGCUGGGGCAACAUUCUCCAAGACAUGCCUCUGCAGCCUCCCUAUCAACUGUAUGAGGUGAAGAUCCCAAUUCAGGAUAACAAGACCUGUAAGCGGACUUAUAGGAAGAAAAUGCCUGACGAACGCAAAAACGAGGAAAUCUUUGAGGACAUGUUAUGUGCUGGCACCUUAGGCCGAGGCCCCUGUUUUGGUGACUCUGGGGGUCCCUUGGUCUGCUGGAAGAGCAACGAGUGGAUACAGGUGGGCGUGGUCAGCAAGGGGAUAGAUUGCAGCAAUGAUCUGCCCUCAAUCUUCUCGAGAGUCCAGAGCUCCCUCGACUGGAUCCAUCAGCACAUCCAGUAG